AUGAUUAAAGUUAGUUCUCAUUCAACGGCUUCUUCCAACCAGCAAACAAUGGUUAAGCAUCCUCGAUCUAUCUGUGAGAAGAUUACCAGCCUGGAUGAUGCCCUCCAACUGUUUGAUGAAAUGACACAAAGGCAACCUCUGCCACCAGUUAUUAAAUUCAACGAGCUGUUGCAAGUUGUUGCCAAGAUAAGACACUAUUCUUGUUCGAUUGAACUUUUUAAACAAAUGAAUCUCCUUCGUGUUCUUGUGGAUGCAUACACUAUUAACAUUGUGAUGAAGUGUUGCUGCCAAAUGCAUCGCAUGAAUGAAGGAUUUGUAGUCUUAGGCUUGGCUUCAAACAUGAUAUAUUACCGGAUAUUUGGAAAUAAUGAUACGACCAUUGCUUUGCUUAAGCUAAUGGAGGGAAGAGGUUGCAAACCUGAUAUGGUAGAGAUGCUUUUACUAGAAAUGGAAGGAAGAGGUUUCUCAGUUAAUGCUUCAACUGUAUCACUAUUACUUGAUCAUAUCAAAGCUAGAUCUUUAGAUGCUUCUUUACUUAAGUUGAUUGGUAAGCUUGUGCCAAAGGAAGAAGUAGACAUUCCUUGUUUUAGAGUGUAA